CCCUCGCGCGGGCUCUGGCGGCGCCCUGAGCGCGGAACCGCCGCUGAACCGGAGCUGGGCGCGGAGUGACCCGUUUUCCCCGCGGGAUUUUUUGCUCCGAUGGCGAGGGACGAGCGGGUGACGCUGCUGGAGGUGCACCAGGCGCUCCCGGAGGAGCAAUUCCAGAGCCUSAAGUUUCUGCUGGAAGGGCAAGUUCCUGCCGGGAUUCUGCUCCCGGCAUCGCGCCCCGAGUUGUGCCGGAUCCUCCUCCAGCGCUUCCCAGGGAAUUCCCUGCGUGUGACCGGCGGGAUCCUGCGGCAGCUCGGCCGUCUGGACCUCAUUCAGCGCUUCCAGCUGCCCCUGGAAGAGCAAAUCCCAGAGGAAACKCCCAGGAAACCCAAUGGGGACACCCCCACUCCAGGAUGUCAUCCUGGUGGGAUUCCAGCUCCASCCGUGAAUCCCCGGCGCUUGACGGAGAAGGAUUUGAUGCAAAUUGCCCAAAGAUUGGGAAAGGAGUGGCAGGAAGUGGGAAUUCUGCACCUAGGGCUGGAGCGGAGCCGGCUGGAGCAGAUCCAGGAGGAAAAUCCCGGCAAUCCCGUCCUGUGGAAUUUUGAGAUGCUGCGGGAGUGGCGGCGGCGGGAGCGACAUGAGGCCACAGUGUCCCAGCUCCGAUCCCAACUCGAGCCUGCCCGGCUUGAUCCUGCAAUCCUCGACUUCCUGCAGAGCCUCCAGGGGGAUUGAAGGACCCCCAAAUCCCAUUGCAAGGAUUUAUACAAAAUAUACAAAUAUUGUAUACAAUUUAUACAAAAUAAUGUAUACAAUUUAUACAAAAUUGGGACCAUUAAAUACUGUUUUAUUCCCUGAGUGUGGAAUUUUGGGAUCAAGUAUGAAGAAUUCCCAUCUUUAUUCCUGAUUUAAAGAUUCCAGAAGGAAGUCAAGG